AUGGUAGCAUCUAACCUCCGAGUCAUUUUCAAUCAAGAAGACGAAAUAUCUAAUAGAUGUGAACCUCUUUAUUUGCCUACCAUUGACAAUACAUUAUCACUACCGAGGUUUGACAAUGCAUGUCAAACACUAUUAGAUCAUGAAUUGUUGGAUAUUCAAUUACUUGAAAAAGUUAAUAUAGCUCGUAAUCAUCCGAAUACGAACCAAUUACUCACAUCUGAUGAAGCAGCAUCAAUAUAUUUAUAUACAAUGAAAUGGAAUGACGAAACACAAGGCAGUUUUUAUGCAAAGCUUAAUUCUACAUUAAGAACAGGUGACGAGAAUUCAUUAAAACCAUGGCUUGAUUAUCUUCGUCUUUUUGCAAGUGCUUUAUUUAAGUUACCAUCUAUCGAAUCAACAAUUGUAUAUCGUUGUGUAAAGGGUCAUCUGUAUGAUCAAUAUCAAGAGAAUACUACACAUGUAUUAUUAUCAUUCAUUUCCUGCACAAGGUCUCUUGAAGAUCUCGAAGAAAAUACUACUAUGGAACAAUGUACGAUGUUCUUUAUGAAGACAUAUUCGGGUAAAAUGAUUGAUAAAUACGGUGGUGACUCUGGUGAAGUUUUGCUUUUGCCGGGUUCUCGUUUUCAAGUAACGAAAAUAAAUAAUGAAUCAAAAAUGCACAUCAUCGAAAUGAAUGAGCUAACAACAGAGUCAAACCAUGUACAAAAUUGGGUAGUACAAGAUACAGAGAUCAGACAACGAAGACAUGAAAAUCAAAAUGAACAAAAAGUGUAUCAAGAAACAACAACUCAUCAUCAGCCGGCAACAAAUAGAGCAGGUAAAUUUGAUAAAACUCUAAGUGAAUGA